AUGGUUUUCACAUUUUCGUUAGGGUUUCAAGACAGUGGUUGCAACACUCGUGGUGAGGGUUUCUUUGUGGGGAAUAUGACGUUGAUGAUAGGAACAGCUAAAUCUGAGCAGACAUAUUGGUUGUCAUACAUCGAAGUCGCUGAACACAUUCUCAUGAUAGACGUCAGAGUCGUUGGAUUCACCACUAUUUUCUCUGUUCGUCUUCUUCGGUGGCCGUUUUUGUUCUCCGAUUUCAAAAUCUUCUUCCCAAGCUUGGGGCGGCAUACCAUCUUACCUUCCCUGUCUCAUUUACAUUGGACUGCGGUAAUUGUUGUGUUGUAUAUUAAGGCCGGGAGGACCAAGUCAAACGCUCUCCAAUUUCAUUUCCUUCAGGUUCGGUGUGCUGCUGGACGCCCACUCUUAACACACCUAUCUCAGGUUAUUAGGGAAUAUGAAUUGGGUUCAACGCAAAAUCUACCUUUACAAUGUCACAUUUGGGCUAUACAUGUUGGACUGGUGGGAGCGAUAUUUGUUCAAUAGCUUGGUUGUGGUCUUGAUGUGGUUCAUCUUCUACAACGGAUAUCGUAACAUUAGUGAAUUUGGAAAAAGGUAUCUGUGGUGAAUUUAAACAUAGUUUCAACUUCAAGAUGAAACAUGGUGAAGUUGUAUGAUCCAAUUACUAUCCUAAAGUUUGUGUGUGUGUGUGUGUUAGCUUUGCUGGUAUGUAAGUUCCCACAUAGUAAGUUAAGCAUGUAUGAAUCGUGAGAGACCUUUGAACAACAAUGGUCAAUAAAUCUCUGCAUUUUAGCCAAGUAUUAAAAUAGGAUGAGAGGAAAUAAGUUUGUAUAAUUUAGGAUAUGUAAUAUCUUUUUUGAAGAGUUUUUGAGAUUUGAACAUGUUUGAAUUGCAAUAUGGUGGUCUUUUACUUUGAAAUAAAUCAAGACGUGGUUGAAGGAGAUUAAAAAA